AUGAGGACUUUCAUACUCGCUCUACUUGUGGCUGUGUGCGUCAAUGCUUCCAUCUUCUCUGAUCUUAAAAAAUCCAUUGCGGUCGGUGGCAUCAAAGGCCUUAUUAAGGAAAAAGUGACCAGCAAAAUCAAAAAUACCAUCAAUCGUAUAAAACAGGUUCUCAAAGAAAACAUGGCCGAGUUCCGAAGCAAGUUGGCAGCAUACAAAGAAAAGAUUUUGAAGAAGCUCACUUUGCCUCCAGAGCUAAGAAAAAAGCUAACGGAAAAACUGAAGGUAAGCAGAUGCUCAAAAGGAAAACCGUCGAUAAAGUCUUCACCCACAGGAGACUCUAUUGAAGAGAUCAACAUAAGAAGCAAAAUUGCAGGCGCUCUGUUCCAAGGAGAUAUGGUCCUUUCUAAAGAACAACAACAACGAGUUACUGACGACAUCACUGGAACCCGUACCAAAAGACAGGCCUACAAUGAUCUACAGUAUCCUGGCAGAAGAUGGCACCAAGGAGUUUACUACUUCUUGUCAGGAGCUGUUUUUCAUUCGCUCAUUAAGCAAUUAGCAGCAGUUUUCCCACAUUCAGCUUAUUUUUAUAAUCCGGACAGCAUUCGAGUGUUCGCGGCGGACGGAUGUUGGUCUUACAUUGGCAGACUUGGCGGUGUGCAGGACCUUUCACUCGGUUAUGGCUGUGAAUCGAUUGGAACCGCUGCUCACGAACUUGGUCAUGCCCUCGGAUUCUUCCAUACACACGCAAGAUAUGACCGUGACCGAUACAUAUAUGUUGAUGUAGAAAACAUUAUGCCGGACUGGGUUAGUCAGUUCACCCUGGAGACGAUGGCAACCAACAACAACUAUGAUUUGCCCUACGACUACGGUAGUCUGAUGCACUACGGAGCCACAAGCGCCACUGGAACCGGAAUGCCUACAAUGUUGCCCAGAGAGGACGAGCUAUACACGGAGACUCUAGGGAUCUCCUUUCAUCUCGUACUACGAUCUACUUAUGAUCAACAAGCACUACAACUGCAUCGUUGUAAUUUAGACGCGUGUGAAGUUUAUAACACAACCUGCAAGAACGAUGGUUUCCCUAAUCCUCGUAACUGCAGCAGAUGCAUCUGUCCUGGCGGAUACGGUGGGCAGUUCUGCGACGAAGAGCCAUCAGAAUGGUCAAGUUGCGGUCAAGUACUGAAUGCGACCGAUCAGUGGACACUGCUCGUAGACGAGCUAGGUGAUUGGUGGGCCUACGGUCUGCGUGAGGACUUUGUGAAGUGCCAUUAUUGGAUUAAGGCCCCAGCUGGUAGAAAAGUACAAGUGAAAUUCGUCGACUUUACUUAUGGAUUCGGCGUUGAUGGAUGCCCGUAUGCUGGCGUUGAAAUCAAAACCCAGACGGACCAACGCCUCACCGGCUACAGGUAUGAAGUUAUGGCAACGGAGGACUGA